AUGGAGCCUCGGUUGUCGCAGGCCGCACUGGCGAGAGACCGGGGCGAGCGGGGAGGAGCGCAAGGGGCGGAGACGACGGCUUUUGGGGUGCGGGAGGCGGCUGUCGGGCCGCUGCUGUCCACUAGGCGCACGUGGCUUGAAAGCUCGCCCUCGCCGUCGAAGUCCCAGUUUUGCUUCCCAAGCAACCGAUCCAGCGCCAGCACCGCCCCACCGAACGGGUCUGCAUCGCCUCUUAACGCCACACCGGUAGCGCACCAAAGCGAGUCUGUGGGAGGAGCGGAAGCGAUGCGAAACGAGCUCAUCCGCCUCUACGACCGCAACGCGGAGCUUAGGGAACAAGUAAAGAAUUUGCAGGCUUGUUUUCGUCGUAGAAGCACGGUGCUGAGCAAUGAGAGUGAGCAGAAGUGGCGCACGUACAGUGCAGAGUUGGAGGAUGCCCUUGCGGUGGAGCGGCUUCAAUGCAAAGAGAAGGAAAAAACCAUUGCCGCCCUGCGGGAGGAGUUAUCCGCGGCCAAGCAGACAAUGUUGUACCUCUCCAAGUGGCAGGGGGGCUUCCCGAAAGAAGAAACUGGUAGUUUUCUCAAGGAGCAGCUAUUGCAUGAGAAGGGCCACUCUAGCUUAUUGCUAAGCCCUGCUGGCCCCCGGCUUGUAGAACAGGAGGAAAUGGCCGCGCUGAAAGCCGAUCUGCGUCUACAACAGCAACAGCAACAACAACAACAACAACAACAACAACAACAACAACAACAACAACAGCAUAGAGGUCAAAGCUGUAACAGUCGUCUUUUGGAAGGGCGAGGGGCAAUGCAAAGCACUUCUUGUAGUCACAGUACUUCGUUGUGCUCUCAAACGCCGAACAGUUCCUUCAGUACCGACAACGGCAUUAGAAAGGGGACGGUGGUAACGGGGUUGCACAGGUCUCAGCGGCACCCCGCGUCAGCUGCACUGGAUGCAUCUGAGCAGCGGGCAACACUGUCGAAGAGCACAGCGUACACGCCGCCGACGUCCUCGACUCGGGUGUUCGUUCCAAGAACGUUGGCGGAGAUCAGUGCAUUCGCGGCGGCGUCGCCACCCAAGACGGCGGCUGAGCCGUGGUACGAUGAGGAGGAGCUGAGGGAGGUCGUGUCUCUUUCGCGGGCCUCGAGGCUAAGGGUGGCGACGUAUCCACGACGCUUCCUGCGCCAGGGUCACGUAAGGACCUUGUCGCAAUAA